CAGUCAGAAUGUGAUCAUGUAGAGGAACUAAAAGGGCCUGUUCUUCUCCCAAAAUCUUCACAUGUUUGUCAGAACUGCAAGAUGACAUUGGACAAUGGCACAGCACCACAACAGGCACUACCCAAUGGGCUGUGGAUUGGAGAGGUACCUGUGCAGUUGCAGAACCUGACUUGGGCUGAGCGCACUCUCAUUAGCCGAGUUAACCAUAACAGAUGUGUUGUUCAUGUCAAGGGCUCUCUGCAAAGUAAAAUGAUAGCCAAUGCAGUAUGCCAUACCAUACCUAUGCCAAAGGUAUACAAUGCAUUGCCUCCUAGCCCUGAGGAGCUGGAUGAAGUGCUUGCAUACAUAUAUAACAUCAUCGCACUCCAUUGCUAG